AUAGUCAAUCGUCUUGGCUCCAUAACCCCUGACCCUCCAGGUGACAAGCAUAACGAAAUAAUGGGUAUCUUAACUGUUCCUGAUACGCCUACCUGAGUUAACAAUAACAUGUAUUUCAAUUAUUUGCCGGCAGUUUGGAUUUUUUAUUUUACAAGAGCCAGUAAAUUUUAAACUAUGUUUGUGGAAGUGACAGUCAGUGUUGCUUCAGCCUUCAUCCUUGUGAUUGCUGUGUUCAGCUGCUUAAGCUGUUUGUUUAAAAAAAAGAACUAUAGAUCAGCUGAUUCCAACAAUGCCCAACACAAUCCUGCAUUCUCUGUUGACAUUUCCGAUGCACCAGGAUCUUUGGAGAGGGUCACUAUUGAACCACUGCCAGACAUUCUGUCUAAAGUUCCCUCGGCUACAUGUUAUAGGCCAAAAGUUACAUGCAAGGGACAACAGGAGGCACUCUUGCCACUUAAUACAAUACAAAGACACUUUCCUCGAGACCAUUUGACCUACUUAAAUGAGAUUGGUUCUGGCUGGUUUGGACAGGUGAUAGAGUCUGAGGCAGCUCAUAUUGUUGACGGAAGCUCCAGGACGAAAGUAGUUGUGAAAAUUCUGAAAGAGGAUGCCACCAAAAUGGAACAGAAACAUUUUAUGGAGGAAGUCUCUGUAUUUAGAUGUCUGGAUCAUGUCAACUUGUUGUCAUUUCUGGGUCAGUGCACAGACAUUCUGCCACACCUCGUAAUUUUGGAGUUCUCUCCUCUGGGAACCUUGAAAACACAUUUAGUUUGUCACAGACAUGAAGCUGAGAAGUUAAUCAAGAAGAAUCAUCUAGUGACAUUCGCUUUAGAUGUGGCAGCUGGCUUGGCCUGUUUACAUAGGCAUGACUUUAUACAUAAUGACCUGGCUGCCAGAAAUUGUCUUGUCAUGUCUAACUAUACCGUUAAAAUAGGGGAUUAUGGGAUAUCUGAUACAUUGUUCAAGGAAGAAUAUUACAACACUGGAAGAGAACUCUUGCCUAUUCGAUGGAUGGCUCCUGAGACACUUGUCAUGUCUAAUGGUAUUUGGACGUCCAAUUUUGGUGACAAGGAAGGAGAUAUUUGGUCAUUUGGAAUGCUGCUAUGGGAAAUCUUAACAUUCGGAGCAUUUCCUUUCAGCGAGUUGAGUGAUGAGGCUGUGUUACAAGGUGUCGUCAUUGACAAAACAUUACUGCCGUCUAGAGAAGACCUCAGAAUUCAGGCGGUGGAGGAAAUAUGGCCAGUCAUGGCGCAGUGUUUUCAAAGUCCCCACCAGAGACCGCAUAUUGAAGUUCUGCACCAAAACAUAGAACAGAUAGUCAAGGCUGACACGAUAGCCUCCAUCACAGACUUUGACAACAGAUGGGAGAAACUGGUUCCUUACAGACCUGAACUGGGCAGCAGGAUAGCCCUGGCUGGAAGCUUUAUCACAGAUGAUUUGACACCGCUUUCCGAUGAUUCUUACCCUGUGAGUGGAGAUCUGACGACUGGGCCAUUCGAGAACCAGUCUGAGGAUGAAUACCUGGUGGACACCAACAUUGUGUUAAAAGACAAUUUUAACGCUGUCGCAUCACUUCCUGCGUACAGUGGUCAGGCUCAGCUGAGUUUUGUAGAUGAAACUCUCUUUGCCGCUAAACAUGUGGCACCUUCUCCAUUGCCUGCCGCUGUUCAUCCUGCACAAGUUACUUCGAGUGACUAUUCAUCAGAUACUGCGUCCAACAUGACAAUGUCAGGCGAUGAGAACUUUGUGAAACUAGACCUAUCUCCUCCAGCAUCAGAACUGUUCAGUGUCCUGGAUGAAAGCGAGAGUAAAAUACAUUUGUUGGCCAAUGAAAGUAACAAUAACAUCUUCACCCAGCAGACAGAACCAAUCAGUGAAGAUGUAACAAACACAUCUCCCAAAUAUUCCAGUGGUGAAUUCACAGAGUUUGAAUCAUCUGUUGAACCAAAGUUUGAAAUAAAAGAAAAUCAAAAUGGCAGUAAAGAGUUCACAGAAUUUGUAAGUUCAUUUUCUGACAAUGCAGGAGUCGCCUAUCAAACUUCUGAUUUUGAAAGCUCACUUACAGACAGCACAGCAGUUGCCUAUAAAACUUCAGAAUUGUUUAGUUCCUCUAAUGAAGAAAAAAUGGAAACGGAAAAUUCACUUUCAGACCCUAGCGACAGAAAGAAAGACAGUGGAGAAUUCACCGAGUUUGUAGCUUCUACUCCUCCAUUGGCAGUUGAUGUUUUUACAAGUGACCUGACUCUGCCAUCUUUCACUAAAUCAGCGGAUGGCUUUUUAGACCUGACUUCCUCUGGGAACAUAGAGGAGAUUAGUUUGGUUGUUCCCUCUCAAAAUAAUACCAACAGUUUGAUACCUAAUUUUAAUCCUGAUGGGAAUGGUCAUGUGACAUUACCAUCGGAUUUUAGUUUUUUGGAGGAUUUGGUCAGUGGAUCAGCCCAGAAGCCGGCUUUCCUUACGUCAAAUGAUUUGUUUGAUUUUCAAGAUAUGCCUCAUGAGCAGUCCAACACUACGGGCAUGGAAAUCAAGAAUGAUCUUCUGGGGCUAGUAGAAGCAGCUAUGCCCCUAAGUCAGCCGGCACACCAAAUUGACCCUGCUGAACAGAAUGAAGGCUAUGAGGAUCCUGUCAGUGAAAAGGUAGGUAGAUGUGACUCACAAACGCCAUUGGCUGUCACUAACGGCUUUACUUCUAUAGAUGAUCCAGAUCCUUGGGGUACUUUUGAUCUUGCACUAGGAGACCCAGUGACUUUUCAAGUGGAAGCUUCCGACAUGUCUGUAAAAUGUCAUAAUGACCUCUCUGAGCGCAUCAAUCAUGAUAACCAAUCAGUACUUAGCAGUAAAAAAAUUCAGGAUAGUGUUACUGUUGAACCCAAAGACUGUAGUGUUUCCCCACCAGCUGAAGAAGAUUCUGAUACAGAAGUGAGUAGCAGCAGCAGUUCAGGACAGGAGUACAUCUGUUCUGGUGAGGCUUCUAAGCUGGAGCCACCCUUUCAGAUGUUUGGGACGCAAUCAGAUUUAGAUGAACAGACGUUGCAGCAUAUUAGUGAAAUAUAUCUUUCACGUGGGGUCAAGUCCCCAAGAGUGUUUGAGAUCCCUCCUCUGGAAACUAUUUACGAGAACCAGGACAUGGCAGCAGUGGAAGAGGAAGAGGAGCAUGUCGUGGAUGUUCAUUCAGACAGCAGCUCCUCGGAGGUCCGACUUGAUGACCAAUUUGGAGGUGACUUUGAGUGGGAUGACCUUGUGAAUUCCAAUUCACCCCCACACCAGUCCUUUCGCAAAUUGACUUCCAUGAAAGAACAGUCUAUUUCUGAUUGGUCCUUAGAUCUGGAAGAUGACCAAUGGGAGUCCCCUUCCAAUGUGUCCAACGGUGGACUAGCAGAUUCUGAUUUAUUGUCAUUCAGUCGGAACAAUUCAGUUUUAUCAAAACAAGUGACACUUUUGCCAUCGUCGUGGCCGUCUUUAUCUGGUCUGAACCAGACUAGUUUAUACUCUUUAAUGGAUGAUUAUCCCACAGAUGUAACAUCACCUUCAGAGGAAAACUAUGAAGAGUCAGCAUCUAGUUUGAGUUCUCGGUCAGCAUCUCCAGUUACUAAUCCUUCCAUGACUCCAUCCACUGCCCCUUCACUAACUGUCAAACCUUAUCAUUUUCUUUACGAGACUUCUGAGCCGCAUCACGAAUCCUAUCCUAGCAAGCAGCCAUUGGUUCAUGAUGAUGCAGCAGUAAUCACUGAAUUGCCUGGCUCUGGCCAAGUAGAGCAGUCUGACAAACCAGUGGUAGCAGAAGACAAAUCCCAGCAUUCCCUUCUUUUGGAGACAGAACAUCAUGUCAUAGCGGCACAAACUUCUUCAGAUACUUCUGCUGAACAUAAUAAUCAAUUUAUAUAAUUUUUCAUUAGGCACUUCAUCACAAUAGCUUCUGCAUUUAAACUAAAAUACAGUAUAUUUUAUCAUGCCAUUCAUGCUAUCUCUUUCUCUCUCGAAAUAUAUAUACAUAUAUAUUUAAAUAUAAAAUAUAUGUUUAUUUAUAUAUUAAUUCAAUAUACACAGAUUAAUUCAUAUAGACAUUACAGAGACUUUGUCUCAUUACUCAUCCACGACUGAACUUUGCAUUUGUUAUAAACAAAUUAAUGAAUGGGGAGUUUUCACUAUAAAAAGGAUUUUGGGUUAUAUUUAAAAAUGAAUGUAUUUGUACAUUGGUUGUGUGAGUGUAAAUUCAAACAUAUUCAUCAUAGAAACUGGUUAAUGUGUUAGUGUAAAUUCAAACAAAUUCAUCCUAGAAACUGGUUUAUGUGUUAGGGUGUAAAUUCAAAUUCAUCAUAGAAAUUGAUAUAUUUGUGUAAAUAUCUAUAAUAUUGCUCCUUAAUUGACACUGUGACAAAUCAUUAACAGGACUGAGGACUUAACCAGAAAUAAAUUAUCAAUAGAUAAAUAAAAAGGGACAGCGUGAUAGUUUUAACAUAUACCUGGAGCCAAUAGGAAGCUGCAAAGCUAGUAAAAAAAUGUUUUACUUAUUUCGGAUGUUCCUUCAGAGUUGAAGAUAAUUACUUCCUAGUCCAAACCUCCCAUCGAUAAGUCCGAACGACAGUCCAGCGUGCAAACCGCACGACCAGGCAGCCAAGCUGAUAGAAAUGAUUACAACUGGUUGGCACAUUUUAAGAAAGCAGAAUCUGUCCUGUUCAAAUUUACAAGAAAAAUAUUCUCAGAAAUUUAAAUCAAUAUCAAAACAAUUUGGUCAUUAAUAAAUUUCAGAUUUUUUUUCUUUGAAAAAAUUUAAGUUUCCCUUAAGAAAUAGUUUUUCCCCAAAUCAUCCAUCAUCAGAAUAAGCAUUCUCUUCAAUUCUAACAUAUUUUUACUGUAUAUAGGCAUUACCGGCCAUGUCGUUCAUGACCCAUUUUAAAUAAAGAUGGCUGCUGAUGUCAACCGUUCAUGUUUAAAUGACAACGCUUUAAAACAAAACCAUCAAUUAAACAAGUUUCUUAACAAUUCCAUAUUUGCCUCCCUUGGUGUCUUUCGUUAGCGAAGUUGUUAACAAUUAAACCAAUCAUAUCAAUUGUAUAUAGCAUUUCAAGGAUUUUUAUAAACUGUAUGUUCAUAGUAUAAUAUAUUUCAUAUGUAGAUAUAUUCCAUGUGUAAUUGUUGAUUGCUAUCAUACGCCAUAUCCUGACCUUGUGAUAUAUUUUAUUUGGCGUCUGCUAACCACCAAAUACAGUGCCUUAAGUCUGUCAACCACAUCCAUUUUUAUUUUCUUUCACAUAAUUUCUUUUCUUUUUUUUUUUUCCCCAUUUAAUUUCUUAAGAGAAAGGCAGCAGUUUUUUUCUUUUUUUUUUUAAUGAAUUAACUGUGUGUAGUUUAGAAUUUGUCAUUGGAUUUAUCUCCCUUAAUAUGUGGUGACUUACUGCCAACUAUGUUAGUUUUCUCUGCAGUGCAGACCCAAUUAAUAUCUGUAUUUGGUAUUUUUAAACUAUGACGAUAUUCAGAAACAGGGUCUAUGAUGUUGUGAUUAUCAAGACUAAAGCUUCUAAAGGGUUGAUUGGAACUUGAUACUUUUGAUAGAUGUUUGUUAUAUACAAAUGUACAAAUGCAUGCACAUCAAGUUGUUUUUAUCACAGUAAAAGUUGAUCUAGAUUUGUCUGCUAUUCGAUUGCCCUAUGAGUAUGUCCAGUACUAUAUCCCUGUUGCCAAUAUGUCUCUUCACACACAUUCCAAUGAUAUUUGAGACCUCUGACACUUCUCUUGACUAACCUCUGACACUUCUCUUGGUCAACCUCUGACACUUCUCUUGACUAAUCGCUGAACAGAUUUUUUUGUUAUUGAGGAUGUAGGAUGUAGAAUAGGUGACUACUAGUACAGUGGUUCUCAAACCAUAAGGGGUCCUAAGAAAGAUGAAAAUUGUAUACAAUGAAAUUAAUUUUUUCUUAAAAAAAAAGCCAGUUUAUCCAAUCGGAUAAUUUGAAUAAUAAUCAACAUGCUAUUCACUACUGUUUUAUAGGUCUAUCAUGAACUAUUCCAUGACAACUUUAACUAAAGAAUUGAAGUCAUUCUUCAUUUGGAUAUUUCUGAUUAGAUAUUGAGCCCUUUUACGCGUAGACAUUUUGAGUCGUUAUACAGAAGUUGUUAAUUGCUUUCCCGUCCUCUUCUUUGGUAGAACGUGGAGUCAGUGCCAUAAUGAGCCUCGACAAAUAAAAGAAACUAGAAAUUUGUGCUCGUGGAGAUUUGCUGUUGCUAUUUGCAAAAUUUUGUGUGUUUUUUUUACAUCUCUAAUUGAUAUACUAUGCUUUUAUGUAGCUUUUUCACUUACGGAUCCGUGGGCAGGUUUUGGCUAUUAAUUUAAUGGGGUCCCAGUUCAAAAAAGUUUGAGAACCUCUGCACUAGUAGAACUGGUGUAGACAAGUAGGUCACAAUAUUCUUUGGUAUAUGAAGGCAUCUUUGCAAGGAACAGUUGGAACAGUUUAACGUCUAAGUCUGCUUUGAACCUGUCCAACGAGUUUUUGCUUUAUCUGUAAACAAAUGGAAGGACCUUUCUUUACAGCUAAUUUCUGUUUUCAAGUAGUUUAUCAGAACUAGACAAGAAAACAAAAGCUUAACUUAUCAUUAAACAUCCUUUGUCAAUAUCUCUGUACCCCGGGUAUCUCUUUCCUUUGCAGUUUUAACCAAAAGAAAAAUGUCUCAGGAAAUGUUUACUAUUAUUUGUGUUACAACUUGAGAAAAAAAAAGGAAACUUUCCUGCAUAGGUCUCAGCACAGUGUACUUUUGUGUUCUUGUUUAUAAAGUUGUUUCCCUUGUGUGUUUGUAGUAAACAAUUUAGAAGUUUUUUUUAUAUAUAUUUUUUAAAAUCUUCAUGUUUUAUAUAUCAUCGUCACACAAUCAGGUUUUUUAACUCACAAAUAGCUUUAAUCUGUAAGAGAGAGUGGUUUCCCUAGUAUUUAUUUCUCCAUUACUGAUUCUGAUAGAUAACAGAGUAAAAUGUCUUUUCUAAUAUAAACCUCAGCCAGUUAGGGGUAACACAUUUGUGGCAUUCAAUAUAUACUUUUUGACUGCUGCAUCUAUUAGUUGAUUUCAUUUUUAAAUUAUUUUUUUCUGGGAAAUAUUUUCUAGAUUUUAACUGAGUAGUUCUGCGUUAUCUAAUAUUUUUUAACAUUUCAAUAAUUAUUGGUUGGUGCAAUUCAAAUGUAUGUCAUUCAUGUUAAUGUAACAAAAAGAUUUACUAACAUCAUCUAUUGCAUUCUGUGGCAUUUUACAUCUCGAGACAAUCUUUUCUGUUUGCAACUUCUUCUAUACCAUUAGGACACAUAAUAUACGUGAAUGAACAGUAAUCUAAAAAUGAACGAUUUGGCUGAUUUUAAAGUUGUGACGUUUACAGAAACUCUUUGUUAACCCAGUUAGCACUUUCCUUCCUUAAAUUGAAGAUGUUUCAGGUAAUUCUUUUUUUUUUAGUUCAAGGUUGGGCAGAGAGUUUGGUCUUUGGACCGAAUCAUAGUAAAUGUGUUACUUAGGUGUGCUCACCAACAUAUUAUUAGAUUAUAUUGAAAAAAAGACCCCACAUCUCAUUAUCCAAUUUAUUGUGUUUUUUUUUGUUUCAUUUUUAAAUUGACUCUUUGAGUUUGUUUUUUUAUUGGGCUUACAAAUUCGGCAAGAUAUUCGUGUGGGACUCUCCUAUUCCAGAGAUUCUUUUUGCUUCUUGUUUCUACCAAUUGGCUACACCUUUGAGGUGUAAUGGCUAAGUGACUAAGGGCUUGGCUUAGGAACCGAGUGGUCCUGGGUGAAGACCAGGAUUUUUUAUUUUGUAACCUUUGGGUCUCCUCUGAGUCUACCUCGCUCUAAUGGGUACUAGACAUUAGUUGGAGAAAAGUAAGGGUGAUUGGUCAUUGUGCUGGCCACAUGACACCUUUGUUAACCGUGGGCCACAGAAACAGAUAACAUUUACAUCAUCUCCCUCAUAGAACAUAAAGUCUGAAAGGGGAACUUUACUUUUACUUCAUAGUGUCUUCUUUGUUUUGUUUGCUUUCUGGUUUUCUGUGAAGUCAGCAAAGUGUUUAGACUAAUAACACGCCAAAUCUUUGUCAGGAGCAAGUCACUUUAAUCUUUGCUUUGUGCCCAGCACAUUCUCUUGAAAUUGAUGAUUCAAAUUGAAAAAUAUUAAAAUUGUCAUUUUUAUAGAAAAUUUCACUUCUGGUCUCUUCAUGUCAGUGUUUUAAUUUGAGUUCUAGAAUGUCUGCAUAUACAUUUGAAGUCUAGGCCCUUGUUACUAAUGUCUGCUCUCUACCUGUGCAUUUGUUGUGGUGAUAUCAUUAGUAACCUUAGUAAUCAUUAGUAGUAACUUGAGUCCAUGUAAUCACAACAAAUUUUCAAUAUGGAUCAAUAAAAGCAGUCUUAGUAAAGAAAUGAUGUUGACAGUCUCUAGCAGUUGAUAUCAUAUUUUAUUAUGCUGUUUGAUUUGAUUUUGUUCUUAUUAAUACAUUGGUGUUAGAAUGUAAAGCAGACACUGGCUAGAUUCUAGGGUUAUGUUAUUUCAAAAUUGUAUUCACUCAACUAUCAUUAUCAUAGAUUAAUCAACAAUUAACCCGAACCAUUUUUUAUACUUUUAACAUACAUACGUGCAAAUCAAAUGUAUUAACAAAAUAUCUUUGCACAUUCAAAAAGAUAAAUAUUGCUGGUGGGACGCACUAAAAGUCUGAAGUGCUGCACAAAGACCAUCCCUGUCCUAUCAAAAUAAUGAUGCAGUGUCUAUGCUCCCUCGGCCUCUUUCCUAACACCUUGGCACCAGAUUCCUCCAUCUGUUUGGUCUCCCUAAUUUGUUGGCUAGUUGUGUGAAAUAUUUGAAAAGCAUUUAUAUCAAAGUAUUUGUGUGUUCAGUAUGAGAGUCAAUAGUACGCCUCAGAUAGAAUAGAGAUUAGAUUAUAUUGUGAUUUUUGUAACAUAUCAUAGAAUGCAUUUGAUGGUGAGUUUAGACACUUUUGAUUUUAAUCUGUGCAGAUUUUUCAAGGAUAACUUACAGCCAUUUAUUUUUUAAUCAAUAUUUAGUCCUCACAUUAGCAUAUAGGUUAGUGAUGCUAUGGUUUUAGGCUAUUUACAAGUGUGCUACAUAUUAUAUUACAUAUUAUUUCAAUAACAUUAUAUUUUUAUAUCUAUUUAUGCAAUACUUUUAUUUCUAAACAGGAACAGCUUGGUUUGUAUUGGUCAGUGUUUGGUUCACAUUAUGCACACAUAUCAUAUUUAUGAUACUUUAUACUCUCAUAAAACUUAUACACAACAUAUUUGUAACAGAUUUAUUAACUAGCAUUUAUGCUUUAUUUUGAGCUCAUUAUUAAUAUUAGAGUUUGUGUUGUAUGACAUUACAGUCUUUUGGUUUGACUUUAAAAAAAAUGUUUGGCUUAAUUUUAACUGGAGUGACUUUCUUAAUUGAAAUCUAGCACAUGAAAUUUGGUUGUUUUGAUUGUAAUAGAAGUGAGACUUUCACGCUGAACAUAUUGACACUGUGGUUAGUUUCAUUAUUGUACUGUAAAAUGUGGUCAGUAUAUAGUAUAGUAUUGUUGUGUGUCUUACUUGUAUGUAAACAGCCAAAAAUUUUGAUUUUUUUUUUUUGACUCCAGUCCAAAUAUCAGCUAUUAUAAAACAUUAUUUCCAAAAAGUUAUUGCAGCCAGCUCAAACAUUUUCAGCUUACUUUUGUUACUUCAGUUUACUGCUAUUUCAUUUACCUCUUUCAGUCAUGAAACGACUGUGGUUCAUCUGGAACACUUUUUCACUAAACAAGAUUACCAACUAAAUGGUUUCUGGUUAUAAAUCCUAAACCUUAUCAGAACAUCUUAUUUUCUAGAAAGUCUCCUUCAAAGAAGAAAUCUAACAAUUUUUAUUUUUUACUGCCUAGUUAUUUAAAAUUGAACUUGCUGUGACCCAUGAUUAAAGCAAAAUAUAGCUCUUUAGAUGCGUCAUAACACAGUCUGAUUAAACAAAAUAUAGCUCCUCUCUAGAUGCAUCAUAACUGAUUUGCUCCAAUAUUCAUCUUUCCCUUCUGCUAAGUACAAUAGUAGGAAUUUAUCUUCUUUCUAGGAGGAACGCCCUCAAAUAUUUGAAUUAAAAGAAAUGGUUAAAUUAAGCAGGGUAUUUGUUAGUGAAGUAUUUAUUAGGUAGUUGUAUGUAAUGAAUCUUGUGCAAUAAGAAGCAGAUAAUCAAAUCCAUUUUUUAAAGUGACAGGCCACAAAGUAUUUAAACUAGAAUAACGAAAAAUUUUAUUUUGCGGUUUACGCAAUAUUGGGGUUAGGGCAUGGAGAGAUCUGAUUGGAGGGAUGUGUUGAAGCAGACUAGAGCCCUCCAUGGGUUGUAGAGCCACUGGGAGGGAUGGAUGGGUGUUAACUCAAAAUCGGGUCACUUGUAAAAGAAUGAAAAAAAAAACAUCACCACCCAGUUGGCAGGUGCAUGUCUUGGUCAAAGUGCUUCUUUGAUAGUUGUUGAACUGACUACAAUUAGUACGAUGGUAGUUUUGUACACUAAAGAACUAAUAACACAACUCAUAAAGUCUCUAUUUGUCAAAUAAUGUUGAAUUUAUUGGAAUGUUUAAGACAUGGAAAUAAAAGAUUCAACAGUAA